GGGUUUUACAUGGCGGGAGUCAUGAAAGCACGUCAGUAUUGCUUCAAAAAUCUCAAGGAAGACAGGUUUUAGAUAAAAGAAUUUUGAGGGUUUUUUUGGGGUGGGGGUGUUGGUGUUAGCAUUUCGAACCACACUCCUUCAGAAGGUGGCGGUAAUGCACACUUGCCAACUGCCAAGUUAAAAAAAACAAGACGAAGAAGUUGCUUCAAAUAGUAUUUCUGCGUGGAUUUGAGAAUUAACUGAUGCUUUCGAUCGGUAACUAAAUGUAAGAGUUAGGAAAUAGUUCUUAUACUUCACUUGGGACAAAUGUCAGUGGUGACGGUCCAGUUGGGUCAGUGCGGCAACCAGAUCGGUUUGGAGCUGUUUGACAUCAUAUACAAUGACGCCCAGACAGGACAGAGGAAAACAUACUGCGCAGCUAGCUGUGAGCGCUUCUUCUAUCAAACGAAACAUGAAGACUUCGUUGCUAGGGCAGUGCUGAUCGACAUGGAGCCAAAAGUCAUCAAGCAGAAUUUCAGCAAGACAGCAAAACGUGGCAAGUGGAAGUAUGAUGAUGCUUCAAGCUUCAACCAGCGACAGGGAUGUGGAAACAACUGGGCUAACGGUUAUUGUGUUCAAGGCCCUCGUCACAGAGAAGUGGUGGAAAACCUUAUGAGACGAGAGGUAGAACGCUGUGACAGACUGAGUGGGUUCAUGCCUGUGAUGAGUGUGGCAGGUGGAACGGGGUCUGGUGUGGGGACAUAUGUCACUCAGUGUCUACGGGAUAUGUACCCCAAAUCCUUCAUUGUCAAUCACCUCACUUGGCCGUACGGGAAAGGAGAGGUGAUCGUCCAGAACUACAACUCUGUGCUAACACUACAUCACCUAUACCAGCUGUCAGACGCCAUCUUGGUGCACGAGAACGACACAGUGCACAGAAUCUGCAGUCAGCGGCUUCACCUCAAAGAUAUCUCAAUAUCAGAUAUCAAUAAGGUCAUCGCUCAUCACCUGGGUGGCGUCCUGCAGCCCGCGCUCACUGCUGAUUCCUAUGGAGUCUACAGUAGGAAUCCCCUGGGUGAGCUUGUGAGUGCCCUCGUGUGCCACCCAGAGUACAAGCUGCUCAGUGUGAGCACCAUCCCUCAGAUGCACAGUUCCUCCAUAGCAUACAGCACCUUUUUAUGGCCAGCUUUGCUCAAACACCUGCGUCAGAUGCUCAUCUCCAACACAAAAAUGGAAGAAGGUAUAAACUGGCAGGUGCGUCCACUGCCAGUCUCAGAGCGUACCCAAAGUCUUACAGGAUCUCGUUUUAACAUCUCCCUGGCCAAUCUGCUUAUACUGAGAGGGAAAGACGUGUUCAGUGCAGAUACAGGUGGCUUUGGAGAUGCGGCCCUUUACAGCUCAUGGCUGCCACCGAAAGAUGCUUUCAGCUUAUGGAAAUGUCCCGUGACAUUUAAUAAAUAUGAAAAGACGGCUACACUGGUCAGCAACAGUCAAGCUCUGUUGGAACCGUUGGACAACAUGGUGAGAAAGGCCUGGAAUAUGUUUGCUGCCAGAGCUUACAUCCAUCAGUACUCCAAGUAUGGCAUCUCAGAAGAGGAUUUCCUCAACGGCUUCACGUCUGUAGAGCAAAUAAUUUCCAGCUACAGUCAGCUGGGCUGCGAUGGAUAAAAGUGACUGGUAGUGGUCUUUUUGCCUUGAUGCCACUUCAUUGGACAUGUAAUAUCGUCCAUGACUUUUUACAUCAUGAAUAAAUUACUUAUUGCUCAAACCACCAGUGGUGCAGACUUUGGUUAUAAUAAUAAAAUAACUUCACUUCACAUAUAUUUAAAUACAUUUAUUUGUAGUAAUGGUUAGGCGGACUGUUGUAUCAUUCCAAGCGCAGACUUUGGUUGAGGAUCCACAACUUCAGUCAGCUUACAGACCACUGUUGCCAUGCAGACAUAACAGCCAACACCAGUCUGAUAAGCUAGCUGAGGAGGUGGCUAACUGGUGUCCAGGAAGAAAGCCACAGAGGAGCCAUCACAUUGCAAUAACAACCACAACAUGGAUGCAAUUCAUUGCAUGGGUGCCACUCUGCUGUUGACUUACCUGAAAGAUGAUCAGUUCUUCAAGCGUCCUAUACAUUUACAAUCAAACCAAUGACAGACUCCAACUUGGAUACCAUGAUUUGUACGUUUUAUGUAUGAUCCACUCCAAAGGUCCAAACUAAUAUUAGAUAAUAGAAACGGGACUGGUAGUUUUAAGUACAGUGUCACUACAAACAAUGUUACUCCCUGUUGGAUUCAAGGUAAAUCCUGCCCGCCUAUUGUUAGAAUAGAAAUACACUUACGCAUAAUGUCCAAGAUUAAGAUAUCUACACAAUGUUCAAACCAUCAACAACAAAUGUUUUACAUUGAUAUUGCUUUUUCCUUUUUUUCCCGGGAGCCAAAAAACCCCAAAACAAAAAAUUAUCUUAAUGUCUAAUAGGUCAAAAACAGGACCUGAAAAUUGAGUGAGAGCAUGUAUAAGCAGUUGUCCUGGCAGCACAAUGUACAAACAAAAUCAAAAGUCAUUCAUACAUAAAUGUUACAAAAUUAAAUAUAAAGUUGAGAACUAUUUUCAAGGGAGAUAUUCCCAGCUUUGCGUAAGGCGUAGCGUCUGUUAGGCGGUGCCUGUGUAUGGCAGACACUGCCAGACCACUGCUUCAUUUGGAGAUCACAAAAUGGAAUCAUUCGCAAGUAAGACCACUGAAUCAGCAGGAGAAUCAGGUGUUCUGUACACACCAAGAGAGGGAGAUGAGAGCUACAAAAGAAGGUGGGGACAAAUGAUUUUAAGAGCACACGCACGCACACAUUCACACACAUACAGAGGCGACAUAGUCUGGUUUUUAGUAGUCAGCCUCCGAGCAUGGACGUGAAGAUGGCGAGGUUUGUUUUUGAGUGAGCGGGCACGGGCUGAGCAGCCACAGGAAUCACUUCCUGGAUAUUCGUACAGCUUCCUCUCAAAUUCACUUCGUCUUCUCCGAAGAGUGUCUCUGCUGCUGCAGCCGCUUGGCGUAGGUCUGAGCCAUCGAGUGGAUGAUGGAGAUGACAAAGUAGCAGACCAUGACCAGCACCAGCUUCUCAAACAGCCAUGAGAGCCAGUUGUCAUCCUGGAAAGUCAUACAGUGGUCAUAGAUGGCUGUUGUUAUUGGUGACAACAUUAUUAUUGCUAUUGGUGGCUUACAGAUUAAGUUUACAAGUAGCCAAAUGCAAGUAGCAGUCAAAUAUGAAUCCGAAGCUUACAAUUAAUAAUAUUGAGCUAUGUGCUACCUGAUGAAAAAGAUAGGGCAUCUUCUACUUGUACUCUUGAACCGCUACACACAAAAGGGUUAAAAUUUGUCAAAAUAUGCACCGCUACUAUGUUGCCUAAGAAACAUCCACUGUAACUUUGCAGUGUUUAGCUGAAUCACUACGAAAUUUGUAUCACACAUCUUUGGGGGACUCAAGCACAUGUCUGUAAAAUUUGAGAAAGACUGGUUGAAAAUAUGGCUGCCAUCAAGCUAAAUGUUGCAGGAUCAUGGAUGGGACUAAUUGCCCAUAAGUCAUUGACCAUUUGUCUAAUGAUUAUAAAACUUUGAGGAUAUCUGUAUAACAUGUUGCUGGUGUGUCUUCCAAAGCAUUUUUGAACACAACCCAUAGGGGGCACCACAAAAGUUAUUGACUGUCCAGUUACUGUAAGUUCCAGAAGUAUUCCAAAGUAUUUGCACAGUGACAGUUUUUAUGCUUUUAUAUACCACCACAAUUGGGUUCAACUAAAAUAAUCAAAAUGUACCUAAGUACAGGGUAUCAGCUUUAAUUUAAGAGGUUUCACAAUUGACACCAUUGUAAUAGACCAUAUUAUUAUGACUUCUACUGUUUUUUUAGGAUAACUGCAAAGGAGCUUUUCUACCUGGUGAUGCUUUGCCGGGCCUUUGUUUGCUGCUUAUUUAUGGUCUUGCUACCCUCACUUUUCUCUUCAGUAAAUGAAAAGAAUAAAUACUAUCAAGCCCCUUAAAGUGAGGCAAAAGCGGCUAUAAUUCCUGAAUGAUAAAUGCCAUAUUUCUCUAAACUUCUAUCAUUUUGAUUGUUUUAUUUCAAAUCCACCAUGAAGACUAAAAUCAUAAAAACUCUUACCGCUGUCCAAGUACCUCAGAAGCAAACUAUACACUGGAAGUCAUGAAUCAAGUUUCCCAUCUAAAUGUCAUGCCCAGUAACUGCAUUAAAAGAUAAAGCUUGUAAUCGCAUAAUAAAUAGGUCGUCCUUACCGAUUGUGCCCUUCCUUCACCAUGAUGCAGCUUGUUUCUUUGUGCUUCCAAGUAAUGACUGAAGGGCUUCUGGAGUGAUGGCCCUACUUUGGGUAUAGACCUGGCAAAAGAGAACCAAAACAAACCAAGAGAUGCAUUAGAAUUGUAUACUUACCCUUGCCAAAUAUCUUCAGAGUCUGAAUAAAAUAAGUUGUCUAUAUCAAACAAAGAUCCUGAGAGCGGACAUUCUGCAUGUGAGCCCAGCAGCAGGAGGAGAGAGGACUGAAGCUCUCGGACCUCAGUCCUCCUUUUAUGCUCCUUAGCUCUCCACAGGCAAUUGUGUCAGCCCCUUCAACUGGGAAGUGACUCGACAUGAUGUCAUCACUCUUACCACCAUCUGGAUGCAAAGACAUCUAAUCAGGGCGUACUUGCAUCCUUAUUUGGAAAGGUGCACGAGCUCUUGGGAGGAAUUGAGGCAAUCACAAUGGUCUUGUGUACUUUAGGAAACAAUUAUUUAAAAUGUACUUCAUUACUGUGCUUGAUAUUACUAAUACUGCAUAUACUUCAAAUACUGAGAUACACUGAUUGGAGCUUCAAUUUAGUUGGGCCUAAUGAGGACAAACACAUGCUGUUGAGACUUGACUAAGCACACCUUGACACGGAACAAUACAAAUACCAAUGACUGCUCAUUUCAAUUGAAAGCUGACUCGUUCUUAUCUCCCCAUGUUGCCACGCAAGCAUACAUGAAGACCAAGACAGGCUGCGCAUCAUGGUGAGUCACCAAAGGCUAUCAGACGGUCACGGGAAAGAACCUUGAAUUUGGAUUCAAUAAUAACAACUCAUCAAUUAAAAAAAAAAAAGCCGAGGUCAUGUCAUCACAGCCAUCACAGUGGAUAGUAAGGGAGUUCCCUUUAUUCCUUUGUUUUAAUGUUAUGGUGUUUUAAAAAAAUAAAUAUUAAAAACAGCUUUGUAUAAUUCUUCAUUUUUAAUUAUUUUGAGACUUGACAAAUUGAUUACCCUUUACUGUUUUUAUUUGCUAUACAUUUAUAUAUGUGUAUCUGAUAAAGUAGUGGUAUUUAAAAAGAAUAAAUAUAUAAUUAUGUACUGUAUAUGUGCAAUUUUAUUACUAACAAUCACUAUGCAUAUACAGUGCAUAAUAUAUGUAUUAUACCACUUGGCCUAAAAAACAAGAAAAUAAAUAUUUUAAAAACAUGUAAAGCAAAAAAAAACAAAAAGUAAAAAUCUACUAAGCUGCUCAACUUGUUUCCCCACACAAUAACCAAAAACAUGAAUAUUGGAUAAUAAAUGUUUCUGUUUAGAAAUGUAAGUAAAUAACUAUAAUUUGACAUCAAGAAAUAAUAGUGUGUUGAUAUUUUUUUCAGGGUUAUUUUUCUGGUAAACAGUAAAUUGGAAAAUAAUAGUCAUGUUUUACCAUUACAAAUCUAAUUUCAGUUUAAGAGCUUCUACUUACUAGUGUAUUUAACAUUGUUAU